GGCGGGUUUCCACAAUGUGGGCCGACGUGGGGGAAACUUGUUCAUUUGCAGUCACGCACACAUCAGGGCGAAGAAAACCUCUGAGGACGGCGCUUGAGGAGAUCCGAGUGCAAAUGGCGGACGCCAAGUGCAACGCUGAGGAGAAGUACUUGAGUCGAGCUGGAAGAUGUUGCGAUCGCUGCCCAGCAGGAAGUUUCGUGCGAGCCGACUGCGACCGCGCCGCCGAGACUCGCUGCGUCGCCUGCCAACGAGGAUUCUACACGGCCGCCAGAAACCACCUGACUCGAUGCCGCGUGUGCAAGUCGUGCAGUGCCAGCAACAACCAGAUGACGGCGGAAGCAUGCGCGGCCGACAAGGACACGCUAUGCAAGUGUGCGUCGGGCUUCUUCUGCAGCGGUGAUCCCUGCGACCACUGCAUGCCCGCAACCUCCUGCCCUCCGGGGUCAGGGGUCAAGGUUCAAAGCGGCGCCAACGAUACGAUCUGCGCACCGUGUGGUAACGGAACGUACAGCAACGUGUCCGACUCCCACUCGGCCUGCCAAACGCACACCAGAUGUGAGGACUUGGGUCGAGUGCUGAAAACUGCAGGAACCUCCACCGCUGACGCCAUCUGUGGAGAUUUCAAAACUGGUUGCCCGUGGAUUUUACCUGCAGGCUUGUGGCUGGGCUAUGUUCUGACCAUUCUCGUCGUUUUAGGGUUGAUGUCGUGGAAGGCCAAAUGCAAAUCCAUCAAAACAGCCAGGACGAAUGUUGCCAUUCCUGAGGCGAGGACCAUCAUGGAAAGUUUGGUGGAAUAUCCCACGCAGACCCACAAAACCUUUCAUCAGAGUGAGAUGACGAACGCCUGCCAAUUUACUCUGCUCGACCUGGAUGAAAGCGCCAUCAUCUGCAGGACGGAGCACAACAGGGACCUUCCGCUCACUCUUCAGAGCAACUCUUCGGACCAGCGGAACGGGACCGAUGCGUACCACCAGAGCCACUUGGAGCCGCAGGAGGACGAGUGGUGUGGAACAUGAGUGCGAUGUACUUGAACGACAGAAGAACAUUGAACGCAAACACAUGAACAUUCAUGGCAACGAACACUUGUGGGCGUUACUGCCCCCUGCAGGCCUUUUACUGGAACUUGCCGUCGUGACAACGUCAGGUGCCGGUUGAUACGGAGCAGGAUCAUCAGUAUCGAUUUAUUGCUACAGUGUUCCUAGCAUAUUUGUGAUUCCAUAUUUUCAGAAUACUAUUUGCAGCUUUUUAGUUGGAGCUGAUCGUCUGUUAUUUGCUGAAAAAUAUCGUGGAACUUGAUGUGUGUUGAAGUGAUGGCGAUGAGUCUUAAAAAAAAGUCUGAACAGCAUUUGUAGGCAAUUACAAACAUUUUAUCUGAUUUAAAUUUUUGGCCAUUCUCGGGGAAACUCUCAUGAAAUGGUUGUUAUUUCCCAAAUGGUAAAUGCCAUAUUUUUCUAUGAAGCCUCUUGAACCCGAGAGUCCAAACGUCAUCAGAUUUUCGUUGUUUUAUUUCAAAACAGUUGUGGUCAAGUCGUGCGCAUGGGCAAAAAUGUCCAAAUAUUAAAUUGCCUUUGCUUUGUCA